AUGGACCGAUCCAAAAACCUCACUGCCUCAAACCCCGAGGAGGAACGUGCCGAACUACUUACGGCCCGUCAAAUAACGAUGGACCCUUACCCCAAGUUCGCGGAGUUGCCUCAGAAUCAUUCCUCUGGUACUGGAUUACACGAAAUAGACUUUGUGGGUGAACUUCGUUACUGGAGCGAAUUCUUACCUGAGGUUCGCAAGACCUUUCGAGAGACUAAAUGGGAUGACGACCGCAAAGUGUCAGCUCGACUAUGUCCACAAGAUUUGAACCUGGGUGAAUACUUCCGCUGUGGUGCUGAGAUUUCAACAAGUGGCAGAUAUGUCACACAUGUUUUGAAUCCGAUGAGUGGUAUUGCUAAACACCUAGGUUAUAAUAUCACCUCUGGCGAUUGGAGCGUGGCAGGUGUGAAGCUAGAAUGGCCAAGGUCUAUGCCUGCAAUACCAGCAGAGAAGGACAGGUCAUCUAUACCGGACUAUGUCUUAGUCGACACUAUGGCCAAAAAGCCUCGUGCUUUAGGAGAGGCAAAACACCCAUGGGGCAAGAACACAGACCAAAAUGUGAAAGGAGCGCGUAAGGGAGACGCAGCCCAAGAGAAGCUGUUGCGCCGGUUUUUGGGACAAGUGUCUCGUGAUAUGUGGGCGGCUAAAUUGAAGCUUGGUUUUAUGACCACCUACACAUGGACAGUGUUCAUUCGUCGAGAUAUAGUCGACAAACAAUGGGUUCUCUUCUACUCGGAUGCCAUACAUCACACGACUAAAUCCGAAAUGGGUACAUCGGAUAUAUCCGCCUCGGUUCGAGAGUGCAUGCUGUACUUCUUCACACUAGCUUCUGGGGAUCGGUCAAAUUGGUCUUUAGAAAAUGAGCAACAGGAGCCGCUAGAGCAGUGGGUGAAAAUCAUAGAAAGAAAAGCAAGCAGCCGUUCGAAAGCUACCGACGCAACCGUUUUGCCUCAACAGGUCCAUCGAAUUCCCUCUGAAGCAUCACUGAGACCACCAACUCCGACCACCAGCAAGACAACGCAGCUACCACAGCGCCCCCGAAAUCCUGGCCUAGGACAGUCAAAAUCGAACUCUACAGCUGUGGAGCGAUCUAAAUACACGGAUGUCGGUGAGAUUUCAACAUAUCAGGAAUUCUAUAAAUUUACGUUGAAUGGGCGUCUGCAAAUGAAGCACCAGGAAGAUGGACUGUGGAUCAAAAGAAUGAGAAUCUACUCUACCACGAAAUAA